GGUCGUGAAGGCAGCAGGGUUGCUGGUGCGGAUGUUGCUGCGGGCGGCUUGUCUUUGAAAUCACGUUAGAGUCAGAAAAGUUUUGAACUCAAGAACUUCUCGGAGAUGUCGUCCACAGAAAGGCAGAGACAGCAAAGUGCGGCAUUAUUUGUCCUAGCUGCAGUAAGCUUAGCCAUAUUAACAAUUCUGGCCGUGUGGAAGUUAAAACAAUUUAAAUACAGACUGAUAAAUGAAACUGGAGGUGCGCUGUUUUUUGGUAUGCUUUUGGGUUUACUAGUGAAGUACUUGUGGUUUGACCGAGAAGAGCGUGGGAAGACUGUGGGAAGUGAGUGUACUUGUCAUGUAAUAAACGGCACUCCUCAUGUCAUAAUGGUCAACGCCACAUCCCUCCACCGGACUGAAAACGAUAGCCAAAGAUGCUCACUGGUCUCAGCCUUUCAUAUGGGGACUUUUGACCCAGAGGUGCUUUUUGAUCUCUUCCUGCCAACUGUCAUCUUCUACGGCGCUUACACCCUGAAUCAGAAACGACUGAUUCAGAACUUGGGCUCUGUUCUCACAUAUGCUUUUUUGGGCACUUUAAUCAGCUGUAUAUGUAUUGGGGCCUGCAUCUAUGGCGUCACCAGACUCAUGGUCCUGCUGGGACAUGCUGCAGAUGGAGAAUUCUUCCUCACUGACUCCCUCCUGUUCGGUGCCAUUAUGUCAGCCACUGACCCAGGUAUUGUGGCAGUUCUGUUUUGUGGCCUGAGCCAGGCAAGAUACACAACUCUCAAUUUAUCAGACGAAGGCAGGACAAGGACCAAGCAGCUCUUUGAAGUCUUCAACUUCCUCGGGGAGAUUUUCAUCUUCAGCUACAUGGGUUAUAUAUGGUUUAUGUUUCCUCACCACGUCUUCCAAGCUCUCUUCAUUUCGGGGGCAUUUUUAUCCAUCUUUCUUUCAAGAGCAUGCAACAUCUACCCCCUAUCCUUCCUGCUAAACCUCUGUCGUACGAACAAGAUAUCUCCCGCUUUCCAACAUUUCAUGGUGUUUACAGGUUUGAGGGGGGUUAUUGCUUUCAGCCUGGCCAUCAGAGACACGUCAACAAAAGCAAAGCAAACCAUCCUCACCACCACUCUGCUUUUGGUGGUCUUCACUGUCUGGGUGCUGGGUGCAGCUGCCGAUCCCCUGCUGCGCCGUCUGAACCUCAGCAGAGUGGAAGAAGAUGAGGCAGAUGAGGAUCUUCAAGAUUAUUCCUCUGAGGAUGUUUCAGGGGGGCCAGAUGCGACACGGGGUCUGUGGAACCGUCUGGACCACCAAUAUCUAAAGCCCCUGCUGACACACUGCGGCCCCCCGCUGGCUGACUCUCUGCCACAGUGGUGUGGUGGAUUUGCUAAAGUCUUCAGCAGCCCCCAUCUGCAGGAGGAUGAGGAGCAGUUCUGCGAGGCUCAACUCAAUGCUUCCACCGUCAGUUUGGAGAAAACGGAGCUCGCAUCUAUACGAAGCGACUCUGGAUCGGAGCACCAAGAGGACUUGCUGGAGGGGGAUUUGGGACUUGGGACCAGUGUGUCACAAAGGUCUGAAUUUCCUGGGGUCUCUUCUAACGCUGACUUAUCUUCCCCACCUCCCACUGUGCAUGGGGAGACUGUUCAAGACAUUUGAAAGCUGUUGAGUAGGGGUUAGUAACUGUGGAUCCCAAAAGGUCACACACACACACAUACACACACACACACACACACAC